AUGUAUCGAUCAAAGAAGAAAAAUUCUAAAAUAUCUAAUCAUACUAUAAAUGAUAUUAAUUCACAAUCAAAUCUAACAAAUAAUAAAAUUGAAAUGCAAUCAAUUGAAUCUGUAUCAGCUAUUCGUAUAAUAAUUGGUAUUAUAGGUGUAUCAUUAUUAUCUAUACCCAUAUGUUAUAUAUUAUCUUAUAUGAAACAAAUGAAAAAUUCUUUGAAUGUUUUUCUUUAUAGUGCUAUUAUAUGUAUAUCAGUUGCACCAUUAAUAUAUUUUUUAUUAAUAAAACAUUUAUUAUAUGUAAAAAAAGAAAUAUAUUUUUAUAUAUUUACAAUAUUUUCAUUUACAGCUAUAGCUGAUCUUUUAUUAGCAUUAACAAUUGAUAAUUAUUCAUCAGCAUUUCAUUUUUAUUUAAAUGAAGGUGAAGUUUAUUUAAAAACUUCUCAUGGUUUAUAUAUUAAUUAUUGGGAUGGUACAAUACAUUAUACAUUAUAUUUAAUAAUGUUAUAUUGUAUGUUAAAACAAAAAAUUGAAACAAAAUUUUUUCGUUUUUUAUCAUUAUUUUGGUGUGGUUCAAUAAUUAAUUCAUUAAUUGUAUUACUUGGUGGUGCUGCAAUUGGUCAAUAUGGAAUUCAUAUUAAACCAUCAUAUCUAUUAAAUAUACCUUAUGCAAUUUUUCCAAUUAGUUUUAUGGUACGACAAUUUAAUUUACGUUCAAAUUUUAUUCAACAAGAAAGAAAAAAAAUAAAUAAAUCAUUAAUUUAUCGUUAUUGGGAUAUAUUUUUUAUUAUAUAUAUGUUAUUUGCUAUUGUAUUUGCAAUUUUUCGUGUAUUACAUGCUUUAAAAGUUCCAAUGUUAGAUAAAAGUAUUUAUUAUAAUUAUGAACCAUAUAUAUUAAAUAAAUCUGGUUUUCCAUUAAUUCAACUUUUAAUAUAUGCAUUUUAUUUUAUACCAUAUUAUUGUUCAACUAUUAAUGCAUUAAUAUUCUAUAAUCAACAACAAUCAAAAUUUCAAUGGUUACCUGAUUGGACUAUGAUACAUGCAGGUGCUGCUGCUCAAGCACAAUUUUCUUAUUUAUUAUCAUCUUUACAUAAUCCACCAUUAUUUCCUGAUUCAUCAUGGUUACCAAUAUCAUCUGAAUAUUGGUUAAUUAGUGUUAGUCUUAAUAUUAUUUUAGCAAUUGUACCACAAUUAUUUGCUUUUCGUAUUUGUUUUGGAAAUAGAGAUAAAGAUUUUUAUUAA